UUUCAGAGUGACCGACUCCUCAUCAAAGGUGGACGAAUCAUCAAUGAUGACCAGUCCUUCUAUGCUGACGUCUACCUGGAAGAUGGACUUAUAAAACAAAUAGGAGAGAACUUAAUAGUUCCUGGUGGAGUGAAGACCAUUGAGGCCAAUGGGCGGAUGGUGAUUCCCGGAGGUAUCGAUGUCAACACGUACCUGCAGAAGCCCUCCCAGGGGAUGACAACUGCUGAUGACUUCUUCCAAGGGACCAAGGCAGCACUGGCAGGCGGGACCACCAUGAUCAUUGACCAUGUUGUCCCUGAACCUGGGUCUAGCCUGCUGACCUCCUUCGAGAAAUGGCACGAAGCAGCUGACACCAAGUCCUGCUGCGACUAUUCCCUCCAUGUGGACAUCACGAGCUGGUACGAUGGCGUCCGGGAGGAGUUGGAGGUGCUGGUGCAGGACAAAGGUGUCAAUUCCUUCCAAGUCUACAUGGCGUACAAGGAUCUCUACCAGAUGUCUGAUAGCCAGCUCUAUGAAGCCUUCACCUUCCUUAAGGGGCUGGGAGCUGUGAUCUUGGUCCACGCGGAAAAUGGAGACUUGAUAGCUCAGCUAGAGGCCGAGGCUGUGUUUCGGGCCAUCACCAUCGCUGGCCGGAUCAAUUGCCCGGUGUACAUCACGAAGGUCAUGAGCAAGAGUGCAGCGGACAUCAUCACUCUGGCCAGGAAGAAAGGUCCCCUCGUGUUUGGCGAGCCCAUCGCUGCCAGCCUGGGGACCGAUGGCACCCACUACUGGAGCAAGAACUGGGCCAAGGCAGCGGCAUUCGUGACCUCUCCUCCUCUGAGCCCGGACCCCACGACACCUGACUACUUGACCUCCCUGCUGGCCUGUGGAGACCUGCAGGUCACAGGCAGUGGCCACUGUCCCUAUAGCACUGCCCAGAAGGCGGUGGGCAAGGAUAACUUCACUCUGAUCCCUGAGGGCGUCAACGGUAUAGAGGAGCGGAUGACCGUCGUCUGGGACAAGGCAGUGGCUACUGGCAAAAUGGAUGAGAACCAGUUUGUUGCCAUCACCAGCACCAACGCAGCCAAGAUCUUUAACCUGUACCCCAGGAAAGGGCGGAUUGCCGUGGGCUCAGACGCUGAUGUGGUCAUCUGGGACCCCGACAAGGUGAAGACCAUAACAGCCAAGAGUCACAAGUCGGCCGUGGAGUACAACAUCUUCGAGGGCAUGGAGUGCCACGGCUCCCCGCUGGUGGUCAUCAGCCAGGGCAAGAUCGUCUUCGAGGACGGCAACAUCAACGUCAACAAGGGCAUGGGCCGCUUCAUCCCGCGGAAGCCUUUCCCCGAGUAUCUCUACCAGCGUGUCAGGAUCAGGAGCAAGGUUUCUGGGUUGCAAGGUGUUCCCAGGGGCAUGUAUGACGGUCCUGUGUAUGAGGUGCCAGCCACGCCCAAAUAUGCAACCCCUGCCCCGUCUGCCAAGUCCUCGCCCUCCAAACACCAGCCCCCGCCCAUCAGAAACCUCCACCAGUCCAACUUCAGUUUAUCAGGUGCCCAGAUAGAUGACAACAACCCCAGGCGCACCGGCCACCGCAUCGUGGCGCCCCCUGGUGGCCGCUCCAACAUCACCAGCCUCGGUUGA